AUGCAGAUUGUUUACGGCUCGAUCGCUCUCUUAUGCGUCGGUGUCCUAGCCUUCAACAGUGUUGAUGCUCGCUCUAUGAAAACAUACGCUGAUAGUGAUGAGAGCAGUGAAAUGGAGAGACGUGAGCUAUACGAAGCACUGACCGAUGCUCUUCUUGCUAGAAGCUCAAGACAUUUCCUGAAGGGUGGAGCUCGCAAACGCCAAGGCGGCAGCGGUUCCGGUGAUUCCGGCAGCGGUUAUGGCGGUUUCGGCAGCGGUUCUGGUGAUUCGGGCAGCGGUUAUGGCGGUUUCGGCAGCGGUUCUGGUGAUUCCGGCAGCGGUUAUGGCGGUUUCGGCAGCGGUUCAGGCUAUCGUCGCGAUCUUUUUGGUGGUUCUGGCGAUUCCGGCAGCGGUUAUGGCGGUUUCGGCAGCGGUUCAGGCUAUCGUCGCGAUCUUUUUGGUGGUUCUGGCGAUUUCGGCAGCGGUUAUGGCGGUUUCGGCAGCGGUUCAGGCUAUCGUCGCGAUCUUUUUGGUGGUUCUGGCGAUUUCAGCAGCGGUUAUGGCGGUUUCGGCAGCGGUUCAGGCUAUCGUCGCGAUUUUUUUGAUGGUUCUGGCAGUGGCUUCGGAAAGCGUCGUCAUUUCAAUCCAGUUGCCAAUUAUAAACGCCAACAACAACAACAACAACAAUAUUACCACAAACGAAAUUACGAUGGAGGAUAUAACGGCGAUCUCGACGAUUAG